AUGGAAACAAGAUCUGCCAAGAAAAAAAGACUCUUAAAAACAGAAAAUGAAACCGAAACAGGCGAAGAUUGGAUCAGCGACCUCCCGGACGCUGUUCUUCAUCAUAUUCUCUUCCUUCUACCCAUCAAAUCCAUUGCUCAAACCAGCGUUUUGUCGAAAAGAUGGCGAUCGAUAUGGUCCUCGUUCCCUGAUCUUGAUUUCACCACCACAACCAACUCAGUUGGCCAUUUUUCAUCAACCAUUAUCAAAUAUUCGAGCACUCGCAAAAGGGUUCACUCUCCUCUAGCUCAAGGAGUGGACUUUAUCAUCCCGGUUCUAGCUCUCCGCGACAAGAAUUCUGAUCUAAGAAUCCUUCGUUUCUGCGCACAAUUGAGCUUUUCUCGCUUAAACAGCUUGAUCCGCUGUGCUGUGAGGCGUAAUGUUCAAGAGUUUGAUAUUGAAGUCGCAACGGAUGAUUACUUUAACCUCCCAAGAUGUGUUACUACUUGUGAAUCAUUGCGGGUUUUCAAGUUAAAGUCUCGUUAUCCAGGUUUUAGAUUGCCUCCAUUGUCGAUAAUGAAGAGUGGUUUCCAAUCACUCCACACAUUGUCCCUCUCACUGGUCAUUUUAUAUCAACAGUCCUCUCUUGUUGAUUUGUUCACAGAGUCUUCAUUCCCUCUUCUCAAGAAGUUGAGUCUUGAUGCUUGUUUCGGGUUGAAAAAUCUCAAAGUUGGUUGCCGAGGGCUCGAAGAUUUAACCCUAGAAAACUGUUUUCAAUUGAAUGAUUUGAACAUUUUGGGUGGAAAACUAGAGAGAUUACGCGUUGCGAGUUGUUUUGAUGCUUAUAGUAGUAAUAGUUUGGUGAAGAUUGAAGCCCCAAGACUUAAAAUCAUUCUUUGGGAAUAUAAUGCUAUUACUGAGAGCAGUUGUUUGGAGAACUUGAAUUCUCUUCAUGAGGCUUCUGUUGGUUUCUUUGUACUUCAUGAUGACAUAACUGUAACAAAGCGUUGGAGUAUAUCAAAUUUUCUAACCGGUCUUUCUCAUGUCGAAAGUUUGACACUUGAAAGCCAAUGUGUUGAGAUUCUGUCGAAGAACAAACAUUUUACAAGUGUUCUGAAUCCCUUUAACAAGCUCAAAACCUUGGAAUUACGCACCGGUUUCAACAAACAUAACAUUCCAGCUCUAGCAUGCCUAUUUAGAAGCUCUUCUAAUCUCCACACUCUCAUCAUCAAGAUUGCUAACGAUUACAAGAUCGAAAGGAGACAAUGGAACAGGGAAUUGUGGGACUUGUCUAACUCAGGAGAAGAGCAAUACUGGGACUUGCAAAGUCAAGCCUUGAAGUUCUUCUUGCACAACCUAAAGGUAGUGAAAAUUCAAGGGUUUUCAGAAUGUGAGAAUGAUAUUAGUCUAGCAAAGUUUUUGCUCAAACAUGGUAAGGUGUUGGAAGAGAUGAUUAUUUGUCCAGGACACUACAAUUCUAGAGAUACCCAUCGGAGAGAGAGAAUCAAGUCACAGAUGAUGGAGUUCUCAAGGGCUUCUUCUAAUGCUAAAAUUGCAUUUCAAUAAUGUGGUUAUGAAUUCUUGGAACAAAUGAGAGCUUUGAUUACUUUAACUUUAGUUUAGUAUAUUCUGAUGAUGAUUUGGGGUUUGAAUGUGUUGA